AUGAGGAGGCGGUCGCGAAAUACUUGCGCGUCGUGCCGCCUAAGUGCCCAGAUCGCGCUAUCCAUCGAAACGUUGAUCGACAUGUCCACCCUCACGAUUGAGGAUAAUUCCUUAUCUCUAAACGUCGGCAACUUCAUUACACUCAAACUCACUCCAACAAACUACCCUCUAUGGCGAGAACAAGCUUUAGCCCUUGCUGAAAGCCAAGAGCUGGUUGAACAUCUCACAGACGAAAUCUCGACACCAUCAAAAUUUACCACUCCAAAUAACCCUUCAGAAGCCGAACAAUUCACACCACAAUUAACAAAAGAGUUCGUCGCUUGGAAAAAAGCUGACCGCCUUUUGCGGGGUUGGCUGAUUGGUACAUUAUCGGAAGAAGCACUCGGCUUGGUCAUUGGAAUAGAUACAGCGUUCGGUGUCUGGGAAGCCCUCAAAGAUGCCUACGCACAAGACUCUCAAGAGAGAGAAUUCACACUGAGGCAACAAAUUACAUAUCUUCGUAAGAAUGAUGACAAAUCCAUUGCAGACCAUAUUCGUACUUUCAAAGGUCUGUGUGACAAUUUAGCAGCCAUUGGAAAACCUGUUCUUGACAAAGAGAAGGUAUUUUACUUGCUCACUAGCCUUGGCCCGCAAUAUGAAAAUUUCACUACCACUAUGUUGAAACCUCCCCGGCCCACUUACACUGAGCUAGUGGCACAACUACAAAAUUUUGACCAAAGACGUAGUUGGAUGAACACCACAGAUAUCGGCAUCAAUUCAUUUAAUACCCAAAUGGCUUUCUUCGGACAACACCAAAAACGUCAAGGAGGCCCCUCCAAGUUCACAUCAUCAGGACGAGGUUUUAUAGCACAACAACCAAAAAAUCUCUCUCAUUCUGGAAAAUUCAGCCCUCAACCAAAAAAACCACCACCUCCUGGACAACGACGUAUGUCGCAAACUGAAAGAGAUCUUUAUCGAGAUGAGACGUGCCAAUAUUGUGGUGUAACAGGGCAUAUUGCAAAAAUUUGUUGGUGGAUUCCAAAGCCAUCAAAGGGGUCAGAUGACUUACCACAUGCACUGGCUGCCCUCACAUUGGAUACUACUGUUGCUGAUAAUGAAUGGACGUCUGAUACUGGUGCUUCCAACCAUAUGACAGGACAGGCAAACAGGCCAACCAUUGAUAAAAGGAAGGCGUAA